UUCAUUCCCUCUGCGCACUUCGAACCGAUCGCUCGCAUAGCUCCCGGGACUCGAACGCCGGACUUCGACUUAGUUUUUCGACUUCGACACCGAUUCGAAAUUCCUUUUACGCGCUAAGUUAUUGAACACACUUGAAGGGCGUCCAUAAAGUUGUGGAAAUUACGACUUUAGCAUAUUGUGUUUUGUGUUUGUUGUCCAAAGACCAAAGUGUAAACAAUCGAAAGAAUUACGAGGAAUUCUUAAAACUCACAAAAACAAUAGCAACGAAAAAAUGGGUCGCCUGUUCCAGUACAAUCGCUUUGGCGCCAUGGAUAAUAUCCAGAAAAAUAUUAGCAAAAAGGAUACCCAGCAAAAAAACAAGAUGCUACGCAAUGCCAUCAAAUGUCCAGGAUACUCGGACAUCUAUGGCCAGUACAAUGAGGACUUGUCCUUCGAGAAGAAGUGCCAACAAUGGAGCCACAAGCUGCAGUUCCCAACCGCCGCCGCCGAACAAGAGCCAAACCAGAGUCGCACGCAUAAGGUCUACGAUAGCAUGAAGAAUUUUCUGCAGCGCAAACUGUUUGCUCAGCCCAGCUCGCACAAGGAGAGGGAGAUCCUGAGCGAGGAAGCCACCAGCGAUUAUGAUGAGCAGGACCUUCUCGACUCCUCGUACCAAGCCGACGCGGAGGAAGAAGAGGAGGAGGAACGCGAUGCCGAUUGCAGCUGCAGCUCCACAUCCGGCAGCUCGGCGAGCAGUAACCCAGCCACGCCUAAGAGAUCGCCCCAAAAGUCCCUGCUCUCACUCAACUGCUGGCAGAGCAGUCACCCAAGCAGUGACUCCAAUCCAGAGGAGGAGGAGGAUGAUGACCAAGAGGACUCUGAUGCCGGAAUCUCCGACUGCUGUCAGUUGCUAGCCGAGAACUCGUCGAGUCGCCACAGGACACCGCUGCCUCGGUAUAGCAACGCCAAUCAAAACUCCGAUGAGGAUGAAGAUGAUGAUGAGGAGCCGGAGCUGCUGCAGUGUGCUUGGUAUCAGCCCAGGAUUACGCCCAAGGCAGCGAUAGAUCAUCUACAAAAGGCCACGCCCGGCAGCUUCCUUCUGCGUCGCAGCACUCCCCGGCACUUUGAGCUUCUCCUGCGCCUGGAGAAGAGCAGCAAGGUCAAGACCUACCCGGUGCAGUCCACCCGGAAUCAGAUGUACCGCCUGAAAGGAGCCAAGAAGCAGUUCACCAGCCUAAAAGCCCUCAUCACCCACCAUUCUGUAAUGGCGGAGCAGCUGCCUCUGAUCCUGGACAUGCCACGCGAGCGCCAUGUAGUGAAGCCGCCGUCAGUGCGCUAUGCCGAUGACUUUGAGCCACUGGAAUCGCUGCAGCUGCUGGGCAUCCUGAAGAGCCUGCAGGCCAGGAGCAUCGAGAUAUAGGAGUUAGUCAAUAAGCGGGGUCUACCGGGGCGGGCUAAGUAAUAUCGAACUGCAAAGGGAACGAUAGGUGAAAUUAGGGAUUUGUUUUUCUAUGUCUAAGUACGUUGUGAUAUGGCCGAGCAACCCUCGGUCCUAGUUGUUAGCUAUCAUCAUAGGGCCACUACCGACUAAGCGACAUAUGUAUAUUGUGUGUAGAGGUAUAAGUUUUCUAUUACGAAUAAAAAUCAAACAAAGGCAUUCUGCAAAAACGCAA